AUGAAGCUAAUACUAACUCCUCACUUGAAUAGAAUUGGUCAACGAACAUGUUCCAACUCCAUACCUCUCUUCCUUCUCCUCUCCCUACUUGUACUUUUGAUCAUCUCAACAACUCCCAUUCUCGCUCAAACCAAUUCCAGUUCCACUACUCCAUUGACUUUUACACUCGGUGAAGUCAAAACUGUUCGUACAACUUGGCCCUCUACCACACAAGAUAUCAUGGAUGGAGCUAAAUGGAUUGAAUAUGGUAUCUAUGUGGCCAUUUUGGCAAUCAUACCCUUAAUACUGGGUCUCAUUGGAUAUAUGGCUGGAAUUAUCUUUUACUUGUUUCGAUGUUGUGGCGUGUGUGGUGGUUCAAAACCAGACACGACAUAUCAAAGAAAGCACCUUGUCAUUCCCACGACCAUACUUCUUCUCUUGUUUUGUGGUUUUAUUGCAUUGGCAGCAGUGGGUAUUGGCUUCUCAGCACAAGGAUCUGCCAACAUUCGAAAAACAUUCACAGAGACAUUAUCUUUUGUGAAUGAGGCCAAUACUACAGUGAUGAAAGUGACCACGAUUGGAGAUACCAUUACUGCCAAGUUGAGCGCAUUGCCAGAUAAACUCGAUCCACUGUUGAAUAAGGCUACAGAAGUGGUCUCACCUCUGGGUACCAUUUCAUCGAUCAUUACCUCCACAACAAAUCAAUUACAGACAUUCAAUUCGACCAAUAUUGUCACCAUGAAUGCAAGAAUUGCGGCUAUUAAUUCCAAUCUCAAUACACUGAGAGCGAACUUUUCUGGUGUUCCAACGACCACCGACAUUCCAGACAUUAAUUCUCUUGUCGUGCCUGCUGUCAAUAGUGGAGUUUCUGCUUUGAAAAGUGCCAACAGCACCAUUGCAACUGCCCAAGCGGAUGUUGUGAAAAACAUUGCAAAUAUUAAGCAACAAAUCAAUGCAACCCUCUCCACUCAAUUGACACCUGCCAUUGGUCCUGCAUUGGAUGGAAUCAAGGUCCAAGUGAAUCAACUUCAAAGCCAAAUUGCUCCCUAUUUGAAUCAACAAGUACUCCAGGAUGCCUCCACUUAUUCAUCAUUAGCUGAGAAUAUUCGAAUUGCAUUGAGCGUGAUAUUCUUUGGUUGGGCUUGCAUCAUUUAUGUGUUUGCGUUCUUGGGUGUCAUUUUCAGAAAGGCAUGCUGUGUUCAGACCACAACCGUAUUAGCAUUUAUCAGUGCAUGGGUAUUCUUCUUGUUUGCCAUUGUACAAAUUCCUGCAUACAUUCUCAUUACCGACACAUGUACACAAGGACCCAAGACAUUGAGUCUUGUGGGCGACCAAUUGAUUGGUCAGUUCAACAUGACGAUCAAAUUCCAAAACGUUUCCUCCAUUAUGAACAGUAUUGCAACAUGUGGCAAGAAUGACUCUCUAUUGACCGCAGUGCUUGGCAAGAAUUAUUUGACCAGCUUGGGAAUUGAUGCGCAAUUGUCGAGCAUGACAAGUACCUUCCAGUCACAAAUUAGUUCCUUUGAUAUUUCCUCAUUGACUGCUACGGCCAAAAACUCGGUCCAGAAUGCCAAUAUUUCCACCAUCAAGACUGACUACUCGACAGAUAUCAUGAGUGCCAAGACCAAAUUGACCAACGCCACAUCGUCGUUGGGAAGUUUGGAUGGCUUCAGUGGAUUCAAUCAAACCUUGUAUAACGUUGCCAUUGACAAUUUGAAUGCAUUCACCUUUCCACGUACUGGAAAAUUGUACAGCUAUUACAAUUACACACUUUUUGAUCCCUCCACUUUACCAAAUCCAGAAAAUACUCAAGGUCAAAAUUUGAAAGAUGCUGUCGCCUAUCAAAAUGAUACCUAUACAGCAGCCUAUAACGACGUGGUCAAGUUCAAUAACUCUGUGAAUGCUGUUUCGGCUGGUAUGAAUGGUCUAUUGUCAGAUUUUUCUGCUGCCAGCUCUGUGAUGAGCUCCCUGUCAACUCUCACCUCAAGCAUUAUCACACAAAUUGAUUUACUUGCAAGCAAUAUUCAGACCUUUAUUGCAAAUUUCCCCAGCGACGCCAUGAGUUUUAUACUUACUGUAGCGACGGAAUUGGUCGAUUCUUUGGCUUCUGAUGUUGCACAAUGCUCCUUUAUGAGUUCAUUUGUUCAAACCCUGGGAACCAACGUUUGUCAAGGAAUUAAUAUGCAAUUAUUGAUUUCUGGUGUCGUGUGUUUGGCAAUUGGCCUCUUGCUGAAUGUUGGAUGUUUAGCAACUCUUGUUCUUGCGAAGAGAGUCAAAUACCAAUCAAGCCACAGAGUGCAUCCAAGGGUCGAUUAA